AUGUUUUUAAAAGUUAGACAGUUCCAGGAUGCGUACGAUCGAAUUUUGAGGUACUCUUCAUCGCACUCAGCGUGUCAAUUGGUGAUAUUUGUAUCGUGUUUGAACAUCGACGCGUUAUGUGCAAGCAAAGUGCUUGCCAAACUGUUUAAAAAGGAGUUGAUUCAAUUACAGUUGGUUCCAGUGUUUGGGUACGCAGAGCUGAAGACAUUUUACCAGAAACUGGACGAUAACAUCAAUAGUGUCAUCUUUAUAGGAUGCGGUGGGAUGAUAGAUAUAGAAGCGUAUCUGGAAAUCGAAGAUCAAGAUGAAGAGCAGGACACUAGAACGGGACGCAAAAUUUACGUGCUGGAUACCCAUCGACCAUGGAAUUUGCAUAAUCUGUUCGGCUCGCGAAUGGUAACCUGUUUUGAUGAUGGAACUGUGGAGGAAACGCUGAAAACACAGCAGGACGCAUAUCUCAAGCUUAUAGAGCUCGAGAACCAGCCCGGUUUGGACGAACAGGAGGGCUCGACCGCUGAAGACUCUGACGACGACGAUGAGGGACAAGACGAUACUGAAAACGACGAGGACGACGAGGACAGAAAAAACGAAGAUGAAGAUGAAGACGAAGGCAACACGGGCUCGUCCAAAAGACGAAAUUCUCGAAGUGGCUCAAAAAGGGAUAGAAAGGCGCGCAAAAAGCUUAUAAAUCAGUAUGAGGACAUCCUAGAAGAAUACUACGCUCAGGGAACGUCCAUUUCAAACUCCCUUUCCGCUCAGGUUUACUCCCUUUUGUCUGCACUUGGUGAAACGAGCAUAGCAUAUCUGUGGCUAACAAUAUUAGGCGUUUCUUCGUUGGAUGCUGCCCAUCCUCAAAUAUACAACCAGAUACUGCCGUUGUUGCAAGACGAAGUCAAACGUCUGUCACCACACGAAUCGUUCAAAACUCCUGAUACCCUAUCGCUGGAGAUUCAGCCCGAUUACUAUCUUUUCAUGUUGAGACAUUCGUCACUGUACGACAGUUUCUUCUAUUCCAACUAUGUGAAUGCCAAACUGUCGCUCUGGAAUGAAAACGGUAAGAAACGGCUACACAAGAUAUUCGCACGUAUGGGGAUUUCACUGUCUACAGCACAAGAAAACUGGCUCUACAUGGAUAACAGAAUUAAAAGAGAGCUAGGCACCAUUUUUGACAAAAAUUUGGAGAGAUACGGGCUUCAAGAGAUUGUACGAGACGGAUUUGUUCGCACAUUCGGCUACCGUGGGGCUAUCAGCGCGAGCGAGUUCGUUGAGUCAAUAACAGCACUUUUGGAGGUCGGUCAAGCUGUAGAUCCUGAGGAUAUUACAAAAGGCAGCGGCCCUGCGGCCGCAGAGGGUCUAGAAGCCGAUGUAGAGGAACUCACUACCCGUCGUGAAAGAAAAUGGGUAAGUAACUUUUGGCUGAGCUGGGAUGCACUGGACGAUGAUAUACAACUAAUGCGUCGCGGUAUCAAGCACGCUCAGUACUUGCAACGCUCAGUUUUCAACACUGGGGUGGCCAUUCUUGAAAAACGUUUAAUCAAAAAUCUGCGAUUGUAUCGACUGUGCGUUUUGCAGCACGGUCCUGACUUGGAUCUGUACAGAAACCCACUUACUUUAAUGCGACUCGGGAACUGGAUUUUGGAGUGUUGCGCUGAAACAGACCAUCGCCAACUGCUGCCGCUGGUGCUUAGCAGUUUAGAUACGUCGACGGACAAUUAUUUGGUUGCAGGAAUGGCACCACGGUACCCCAGAGGCAUGGACAAGCUGGAGGCCCGGAAGCCGCUGUUGAACAACUUCAGCGUUGCGUUCCACCAAAUAGCUGCCGAAACCGGAGCCAAGGUGAGGAUCGACAACUUCGAGAGCUCAAUAAUUGAGGUGCAGCGGGACGAUUUGUCUUCGUUCCUCGAGAAAUUGACCCUCAGCGGCCUGCUGUAA